UCGGGCUCCUUGUAUAGUCUCCAUGGUUGAGACUGUGUAUGUUUCUAUUUCUAUUUCUAACCCAAACAGAAAAUAUAACCAAGAAAAGGACUAUUAUUUUCUCUCAUAUUCUGUUUUCUUUUUUUUUGUCACAGUAACAUAAUUAUGUGUUUAUUUCAUAAUACUAUUAUGAAUUUAUUAAUAUGAGUUUACCUACAGAUUUUGGUCCUGAUUCUGGAGGCAGAAUUAAGGGUGUCUGCAUUGUUAAACCGAUCGUAUAUGGCAAUAUUGCCAGGUAUUUCGGGAAAAAACGUGAAGAAGAUGGACACACGCACCAAUGGACUGUAUAUGUAAAACCUUACAAUAACGAAGAUAUGUCGGCAUAUGUAAAAAAAGUACACUUUAAAUUACAUGAAAGUUACGCCAAUCAAAACCGCAUAGUUGUAAAGCCUCCUUACGAAAUAAGUGAAACCGGCUGGGGAGAAUUUGAAAUUGUCAUAAAAAUACAUUUUCAUGAUCCCAAUGAAAGGCCAGUAACCAUGUAUCAUAUUUUAAAACUUUUUCAUUCUGGUGGUACUCAAGAUAUUGGCAUGGAGCAAGGAAAAGGCCUCGUUUCAGAGAGUUACGAUGAAAUUGUUUUUCAAGAUCCUACACAAUUGAUGCAUCAUUUAUUAACCAACGCCAAACCUUUGACAUUAGGACGAUGGGAACAUAAUACUAAUUUUGAAGAGAGAAAGGAGAACACUUUAAAAUCUAUCCUGGAUGCCAAACAAAAAGUAAGGACAGAAAUUGCAAUUUUAAAAAAUAAGUUAAAACUAGCCAAGGAAACAAUAUCUACUUUUAAAGAAGAAAUAGCUAAAUCGCAAGAAAACCAGUUUGUAAUAUAAAUAUGUGCUAGUUUAUAAUUUUUUUUUAAAUAAAGUUAAUCCUUAUGUUGGUUGUAAA